UUCCAACCUUUGUUUCGAUCUCGUUUAACCAUGUCCUUUGUUCUUCAGUCUUCCCCGUUUGAGCCUUUAUUACGUGAUUUUGAUUAAAGACUUAUUUUUGUUACCUAAUUUUCUAUUGCAUGCUGCCGGACCAUUGACAGCAAGGUUGUGUUUGACUAAGCUCAAGGUCACGGCGUGGUUUAGUUUGUGACUGUUAACCUUCUGACUGUCUGCUUGGGAGAAUUGCUGCAAUCCCUGCAGAUAGAUAUUUGAUCCCAUCUGAUUGGGAAUAUUUGUAUUGAUUCUCAGCGCGCUACUUUGCGUUAGAGAAACUUCUGACUGUAUAGCACAGGCUGUACCGUUUGAGGUAUUUUGUAUUUUUGGUGUAAUUCGUUCUGUUUUCUUAAUUAGAACCGUUUAUAUUGAGCACAGAGUUUGUGUUUUGAUAUAAUAUAAUACGAGUAUCUCAAAGACGCGUUGUGGGCUAUACAGAGGAACUUGGUCUGGUCUAAUCGAAUAAAUUUUGGGUUCGUCAGUCCGUUGUUCCAACCGGAUAUUGGCUGUUCGGUCGUUACACUAACAUCUCAUAUGCAGGACCCAUUGACAUUUCAUUGGCACUGCAAUCACUUCAAUAUAGCAGCGUCUAAUCGACUUUGAACGUGUUGCUAAAAAAGUCUUUCUUCAAAAUAAUUUGCGCAAUCAAAUGGACUGAAUUGAAGUGGGGUGGAAACAAAAGCGUAUGCAGAGCUGAGGCUUCGGCUAUCGACCAAUUCAAGUCUGAAAUCUGGUGAAGAGCGUUAGAACGAUCAUGCGUGCCAAGAAACAUCCAAUGGUAAUGCUUUCUUGUGGUUCAGAAAAUGGUUCGAAUAAAGAAAACUGUACUCAUCCGAAACCAUUUAGUUUUGAAGAUCGUGAAUUAUCAUUGAUAAAACGCAGAAACGAACGUAUGGUCCAAGCAGAGUUAAAUGCUAAGGUGCUUGCAAAUUCAUUCAAAGCUCAACCCAUGAGGAUUGGAUCACCUGAUCGUCUACCUCCACGUGUUGUUCAUUCUCCAGUUCAUCCAAUCUCAUUCCACUCAUUCACUGAAGAAAGGAUAGCACUUCACAAAAGCAAAAGAGAGACUAGUACAUCCACUGAGGAGUCCAUAAUUACAAGAGGAAGAACCAAAUCUCCAUCAGUCAUUUACCAAACACCGUUUAUUCCGACUUUUCCAGAGCGUUCUCCAAUAGUUGCUGUCUCCCCUAAACUAGCCACCGUGGAGCGCGCGAUGUCAAGGUCGAAAUAUGACGAUGAAGCCAAAAAGAGAAGAGAUAUUCUUCAGCAACAAUCGGAACUUAUUAGACUUAAGAGAAUGGAGGACGAGGCCAAUGAAAUAAGACAGAUUCGUAAAGAAUCUGUACACAAGCCGGAACCGAUCAGGCGGUAUAAAACGAUCAAAUCUCCCACGCGCAAACCCCCAACGGUACCCAAAUCCCCGGUGCUAUCAACUUUACGAAAUAGAAUAUCUAAACAAUGAUAUUUGAUUGACUCCUUGUAUUUAUUGUACAGAAACCAUUCUCAUUUACUCAAAUGAUGUACAUAAUAGAAA